GCAUCGCAUGAUGGACGAGGAAGACGCCCCUCCCUUCACCGACGUCGUGUGGCUCAAAUUCACCCACCUGCACCAUGCCAGGUUCGCAAAGAGAAAGCUGGAUGAGUAUCCAUUCAUGGGCAGCGCAUUGAAAGUUUCGUACCUGCCCGGGCACGAGACGAUGGAGGACACGUGGGCAAAGCUGGAGGAGCGACGGCGAAUCGUGGCCGUCCGUUGCCGACGUGAGAUGGGACAAGGUGAGAUGGGACAAGGUGAGAUGGGACAAGGUGAGAUGGGACAAGGUGAGAUGGGACAAGGUGAGAUGGGACAAGGUGAGAUGGGACAAGGUGAGAUGGGACAAGGUGAGAUGGGACAAGGUGAGAUGGGACAAGGUGAGAUGGGACAAGGUGAGAUGGGACAAGGUGAGAUGGGACAAGGUGAGAUGGGACAAGGUGAGAUGGGACAAGGUGAGAUGGGACAAGGUGAGAUGGGACAAGGUGAGAUGGGACAAGGUGAGAUGGGACAAGGUGAGAUGGGACAAGGUGAGAUGGGACAAGGUGAGAUGGGACAAGGUGAGAUGGGACAAGGUGAGAUGGGACAAGGUGAGAUGGGACAAGGUGAGAUGGGACAAGGUGAGAUGGGACAAGGUGAGAUGGGACAAGGUGAGAUGGGACAAGGUGAGAUGGGACAAGGUGAGAUGGGACAAGGUGAGAUGGGACAAGGUGAGAUGGGACAAGGUGAGAUGGGACAAGGUGAGAUGGGACAAGGUGAGAUGGGACAAGGUGAGAUGGGACAAGGUGAGAUGGGACAAGGUGAGAUGGGACAAGGUGAGAUGGGACAAGGUGAGAUGGGACAAGGUGAGAUGGGACAAGGUGAGAUGGGACAAGGUGAGAUGGGACAAGGUGAGAUGGGACAAGGUGAGAUGGGACAAGGUGAGAUGGGACAAGGUGAGAUGGGACAAGGUGAGAUGGGACAAGGUGAGAUGGGACAAGGUGAGAUGGGACAAGGUGAGAUGGGACAAGGUGAGAUGGGACAAGGUGAGAUGGGACAAGGUGAGAUGGGACAAGGUGAGAUGGGACAAGGUGAGAUGGGACAAGGUGAGAUGGGACAAGGUGAGAUGGGACAAGGUGAGAUGGGACAAGGUGAGAUGGGACAAGGUGAGAUGGGACAAGGUGAGAUGGGACAAGGUGAGAUGGGACAAGGUGAGAUGGGACAAGGUGAGAUGGGACAAGGUGAGAUGGGACAAGGUGAGAUGGGACAAGGUGAGAUGGGACAAGGUGAGAUGGGACAAGGUGAGAUGGGACAAGGUGAGAUGGGACAAGGUGAGAUGGGACAAGGUGAGAUGGGACAAGGUGAGAUGGGACAAGGUGAGAUGGGACAAGGUGAGAUGGGACAAGGUGAGAUGGGACAAGGUGAGAUGGGACAAGGUGAGAUGGGACAAGGUGAGAUGGGACAAGGUGAGAUGGGACAAGGUGAGAUGGGACAAGGUGAGAUGGGACAAGGUGAGAUGGGACAAGGUGAGAUGGGACAAGGUGAGAUGGGACAAGGUGAGAUGGGACAAGGUGAGAUGGGACAAGGUGAGAUGGGACAAGGUGAGAUGGGACAAGGUGAGAUGGGACAAGGUGAGAUGGGACAAGGUGAGAUGGGACAAGGUGAGAUGGGACAAGGUGAGAUGGGACAAGGUGAGAUGGGACAAGGUGAGAUGGGACAAGGUGAGAUGGGACAAGGUGAGAUGGGACAAGGUGAGAUGGGACAAGGUGAGAUGGGACAAGGUGAGAUGGGACAAGGUGAGAUGGGACAAGGUGAGAUGGGACAAGGUGAGAUGGGACAAGGUGAGAUGGGACAAGGUGAGAUGGGACAAGGUGAGAUGGGACAAGGUGAGAUGGGACAAGGUGAGAUGGGACAAGGUGAGAUGGGACAAGGUGAGAUGGGACAAGGUGAGAUGGGACAAGGUGAGAUGGGACAAGGUGAGAUGGGACAAGGUGAGAUGGGACAAGGUGAGAUGGGACAAGGUGAGAUGGGACAAGGUGAGAUGGGACAAGGUGAGAUGGACAAGGUGAGAUGGGACAAGGUGAGAUGGGACAAGGUGAGAUGGGACAAGGUGAGAUGGGACAAGGUGAGAUGGGACAAGGUGAGAUGGGACAAGGUGAGAUGGGACAAGGUGAGAUGGGACAAGGUGAGAUGGGACAAGGUGAGAUGGGACAAGGUGAGAUGGGACAAGGUGAGAUGGGACAAGGUGAGAUGGGAUGAGAUGGGACAAGGUGAGAUGGGACAAGGUGAGAUGGGACAAGGUGAGAUGGGACAAGGUGAGAUGGGACAAGGUGAGAUGGGACAAGGUGAGAUGGGACAAGGUGAGAUGGGACAAGGUGAGAUGGGACAAGGUGAGAUGGGACAAGGUGAGAUGGGACAAGGUGAGAUGGGACAAGGUGAGAUGGGACAAGGUGAGAUGGGACAAGGUGAGAUGGGACAAGGUGAGAUGGGACAAGGUGAGAUGGGACAAGGUGAGAUGGGACAAGGUGAGAUGGGACAAGGUGAGAUGGGACAAGGUGAGAUGGGACAAGGUGAGAUGGGACAAGGUGAGAUGGGACAAGGUGAGAUGGGACAAGGUGAGAUGGGACAAGGUGAGAUGGGACAAGGUGAGAUGGACAAGGUGAGAUGGGACAAGGUGAGAUGGGACAAGGUGAGAUGGGACAAGGUGAGAUGGGACAAGGUGAGAUGGGACAAGGUGAGAUGGGACAAGGUGAGAUGGGACAAGGUGAGAUGGGACAAGGUGAGAUGGGACAAGGUGAGAUGGGACAAGGUGAGAUGGGACAAGGUGAGAUGGGACAAGGUGAGAUGGGACAAGGUGAGAUGGGACAAGGUGAGAUGGGACAAGGUGAGAUGGGACAAGAUGGGACAAGGUGAGAUGGGACAAGGUGAGAUGGGACAAGGUGAGAUGGGACAAGGUGAGAUGGGACAAGGUGAGAUGGGACAAGGUGAGAUGGGACAAGGUGAGAUGGGACAAGGUGAGAUGGGACAAGGUGAGAUGGGACAAGGUGAGAUGGGACAAGGUGAGAUGGGACAAGGUGAGAUGGGACAAGGUGAGAUGGGACAAGGUGAGAUGGGACAAGGUGAGAUGGGACAAGGUGAGAUGGGACAAGGUGAGAUGGGACAAGGUGAGAUGGGACAAGGUGAGAUGGGACAAGGUGAGAUGGGACAAGGUGAGAUGGGACAAGGUGAGAUGGGACAAGGUGAGAUGGGACAAGGUGAGAUGGACAAGGUGAGAUGGGACAAGGUGAGAUGGGACAAGGUGAGAUGGGACAAGGUGAGAUGGGGAAAUGAGGUGGAAGGUGAGGGAAUACAAGGUGAGAUGGGACAAGGUGAGAUGGGACAAGGUGAGAUGGGACAAGGUGAGAGGGACAAGGUGAGAUGGGACACAUGGGUGAGAGAUGGACAAGGUGAGAUGGGACAAGGUGAGAUGGGACAAGGUGAGAUGGGACAAGGUGAGAUGGGACAAGGUGAGAUGGGACAAGGUGAGAUGGGACAAGGUGAGAUGGGACAAGGUGAGAUGGGACAAGGUGAGAUGGGACAAGGUGAGAUGGGACAAGGUGAGAUGGGACAAGGUGAGAUGGGACAAGGUGAGAUGGGACAAGGUGAGAUGGGACAAGGUGAGAUGGGACAAGGUGAGAUGGGACAAGGUGAGAUGGGACAAGGUGAGAUGGGACAAGGUGAGAUGGGACAAGGUGAGAUGGGACAAGGUGAGAUGGGACAAGGUGAGAUGGGACAAGGUGAGAUGGGACAAGGUGAGAUGGACAAGGUGAGAUGGGACAAGGUGAGAUGGGACAAGGUGAGAUGGGACAAGGUGAGAUGGGACAAGGUGAGAUGGGACAAGGUGAGAUGGGACAAGGUGAGAUGGGACAAGGUGAGAUGGGACAAGGUGAGAUGGGACAAGGUGAGAUGGGACAAGGUGAGAUGGGACAAGGUGAGAUGGGACAAGGUGAGAUGGGACAAGGUGAGAUGGGACAAGGUGAGAUGGGACAAGGUGAGAUGGGACAAGGUGAGAUGGGACAAGGUGAGAUGGGACAAGGUGAGAUGGGACAAGGUGAGAUGGGAGGACAGGGUGAGAUGGGACAAGGUGAGAUGGGACAAGGUGAGAUGGGACAAGGUGAGAUGGGACAAGGUGAGAUGGGACAAGGUGAGAUGGGACAAGGUGAGUGAUGGGAUGGGACAAGGUGAGAUGGGACAAGGUGAGAUGGGACGGGGGGGACAAGGUGAGAUGGGACAAGGUGAGAUGGGACAAGGUGAGAUGGGACAAGGUGAGAUGGGACAAGGUGAGAUGGGACAAGGUGAGAUGGGACAAGGUGAGAUGGGACAAGGUGAGAUGGGACAAGGUGAGAUGGGACAAGGUGAGAUGGGACAAGGUGAGAUGGGACAAGGUGAGAUGGGACAAGGUGAGAUGGGACAAGGUGAGAUGGGACAAGGUGAGAUGGGACAAGGUGAGAUGGGACAAGGUGAGAUGGGACAAGGUGAGAUGGGACAAGGUGAGAUGGGACAAGGUGAGAUGGGACAAGGUGAGAUGGGACAAGGUGAGAUGGGACAAGGUGAGAUGGGACAAGGUGAGAUGGGACAAGGUGAGAUGGGACAAGGUGAGAUGGGACAAGGUGAGAUGGGACAAGGUGAGAUGGGACAAGGUGAGAUGGGACAAGGUGAGAUGGGACAAGGUGAGAUGGGACAAGGUGAGAUGGGACAAGGUGAGAUGGGACAAGGUGAGAUGGGACAAGGUGAGAUGGGACAAGGUGAGAUGGGACAAGGUGAGAUGGGACAAGGUGAGAUGGGACAAGGUGAGAUGGGACAAGGUGAGAUGGGACAAGGUGAGAUGGGACAAGGUGAGAUGGGACAAGGUGAGAUGGGACAAGGUGAGAUGGGACAAGGUGAGAUGGGACAAGGUGAGAUGGGACAAGGUGAGAUGGGACAAGGUGAGAUGGGACAAGGUGAGAUGGGACAAGGUGAGAUGGGACAAGGUGAGAUGGGACAAGGUGAGAUGGGACAAGGUGAGAUGGGACAAGGUGAGAUGGGACAAGGUGAGAUGGGACAAGGUGAGAUGGGACAAGGUGAGAUGGGACAAGGUGAGAUGGGACAAGGUGAGAUGGGACAAGGUGAGAUGGGACAAGGUGAGAUGGGACAAGGUGAGAUGGGACAAGGUGAGAUGGGACAAGGUGAGAUGGGACAAGGUGAGAUGGGACAAGGUGAGAUGGGACAAGGUGAGAUGGGACAAGGUGAGAUGGGACAAGGUGAGAUGGGACAAGGUGAGAUGGGACAAGGUGAGAUGGGACAAGGUGAGAUGGGACAAGGUGAGAUGGGACAAGGUGAGAUGGGACAAGGUGAGAUGGGACAAGGUGAGAUGGGACAAGGUGAGAUGGGACAAGGUGAGAUGGGACAAGGUGAGAUGGGACAAGGUGAGAUGGGACAAGGUGAGAUGGGACAAGGUGAGAUGGGACAAGGUGAGAUGGGACAAGGUGAGAUGGGACAAGGUGAGAUGGGACAAGGUGAGAUGGGACAAGGUGAGAUGGGACAAGGUGAGAUGGGACAAGGUGAGAUGGGACAAGGUGAGAUGGGACAAGGUGAGAUGGGACAAGGUGAGAUGGGACAAGGUGAGAUGGGACAAGGUGAGAUGGGACAAGGUGAGAUGGGACAAGGUGAGAUGGGACAAGGUGAGAUGGGACAAGGUGAGAUGGGACAAGGUGAGAUGGGACAAGGUGAGAUGGGACAAGGUGAGAUGGGACAAGGUGAGAUGGGACAAGGUGAGAUGGGACAAGGUGAGAUGGGACAAGGUGAGAUGGGACAAGGUGAGAUGGGACAAGGUGAGAUGGGACAAGGUGAGAUGGGACAAGGUGAGAUGGGACAAGGUGAGAUGGGACAAGGUGAGAUGGGACAAGGUGAGAUGGGACAAGGUGAGAUGGGACAAGGUGAGAUGGGACAAGGUGAGAUGGGACAAGGUGAGAUGGGACAAGGUGAGAUGGGACAAGGUGAGAUGGGACAAGGUGAGAUGGGACAAGGUGAGAUGGGACAAGGUGAGAUGGGACAAGGUGAGAUGGGACAAGGUGAGAUGGGACAAGGUGAGAUGGGACAAGGUGAGAUGGGACAAGGUGAGAUGGGACAAGGUGAGAUGGGACAAGGUGAGAUGGGACAAGGUGAGAUGGGACAAGGUGAGAUGGGACAAGGUGAGAUGGGACAAGGUGAGAUGGGACAAGGUGAGAUGGGACAAGGUGAGAUGGGACAAGGUGAGAUGGGACAAGGUGAGAUGGGACAAGGUGAGAUGGGACAAGGUGAGAUGGGACAAGGUGAGAUGGGACAAGGUGAGAUGGGACAAGGUGAGAUGGGACAAGGUGAGAUGGGACAAGGUGAGAUGGGACAAGGUGAGAUGGGACAAGGUGAGAUGGGACAAGGUGAGAUGGGACAAGGUGAGAUGGGACAAGGUGAGAUGGGACAAGGUGAGAUGGGACAAGGUGAGAUGGGACAAGGUGAGAUGGGACAAGGUGAGAUGGGACAAGGUGAGAUGGGACAAGGUGAGAUGGGACAAGGUGAGAUGGGACAAGGUGAGAUGGGACAAGGUGAGAUGGGACAAGGUGAGAUGGGACAAGGUGAGAUGGGACAAGGUGAGAUGGGACAAGGUGAGAUGGGACAAGGUGAGAUGGGACAAGGUGAGAUGGGACAAGGUGAGAUGGGACAAGGUGAGAUGGGACAAGGUGAGAUGGGACAAGGUGAGAUGGGACAAGGUGAGAUGGGACAAGGUGAGAUGGGACAAGGUGAGAUGGGACAAGGUGAGAUGGGACAAGGUGAGAUGGGACAAGGUGAGAUGGGACAAGGUGAGAUGGGACAAGGUGAGAUGGGACAAGGUGAGAUGGGACAAGGUGAGAUGGGACAAGGUGAGAUGGGACAAGGUGAGAUGGGACAAGGUGAGAUGGGACAAGGUGAGAUGGGACAAGGUGAGAUGGGACAAGGUGAGAUGGGACAAGGUGAGAUGGGACAAGGUGAGAUGGGACAAGGUGAGAUGGGACAAGGUGAGAUGGGACAAGGUGAGAUGGGACAAGGUGAGAUGGGACAAGGUGAGAUGGGACAAGGUGAGAUGGGACAAGGUGAGAUGGGACAAGGUGAGAUGGGACAAGGUGAGAUGGGACAAGGUGAGAUGGGACAAGGUGAGAUGGGACAAGGUGAGAUGGGACAAGGUGAGAUGGGACAAGGUGAGAUGGGACAAGGUGAGAUGGGACAAGGUGAGAUGGGACAAGGUGAGAUGGGACAAGGUGAGAUGGGACAAGGUGAGAUGGGACAAGGUGAGAUGGGACAAGGUGAGAUGGGACAAGGUGAGAUGGGACAAGGUGAGAUGGGACAAGGUGAGAUGGGACAAGGUGAGAUGGGACAAGGUGAGAUGGGACAAGGUGAGAUGGGACAAGGUGAGAUGGGACAAGGUGAGAUGGGACAAGGUGAGAUGGGACAAGGUGAGAUGGGACAAGGUGAGAUGGGACAAGGUGAGAUGGGACAAGGUGAGAUGGGACAAGGUGAGAUGGGACAAGGUGAGAUGGGACAAGGUGAGAUGGGACAAGGUGAGAUGGGACAAGGUGAGAUGGGACAAGGUGAGAUGGGACAAGGUGAGAUGGGACAAGGUGAGAUGGGACAAGGUGAGAUGGGACAAGGUGAGAUGGGACAAGGUGAGAUGGGACAAGGUGAGAUGGGACAAGGUGAGAUGGGACAAGGUGAGAUGGGACAAGGUGAGAUGGGACAAGGUGAGAUGGGACAAGGUGAGAUGGGACAAGGUGAGAUGGGACAAGGUGAGAUGGGACAAGGUGAGAUGGGACAAGGUGAGAUGGGACAAGGUGAGAUGGGACAAGGUGAGAUGGGACAAGGUGAGAUGGGACAAGGUGAGAUGGGACAAGGUGAGAUGGGACAAGGUGAGAUGGGACAAGGUGAGAUGGGACAAGGUGAGAUGGGACAAGGUGAGAUGGGACAAGGUGAGAUGGGACAAGGUGAGAUGGGACAAGGUGAGAUGGGACAAGGUGAGAUGGGACAAGGUGAGAUGGGACAAGGUGAGAUGGGACAAGGUGAGAUGGGACAAGGUGAGAUGGGACAAGGUGAGAUGGGACAAGGUGAGAUGGGACAAGGUGAGAUGGGACAAGGUGAGAUGGGACAAGGUGAGAUGGGACAAGGUGAGAUGGGACAAGGUGAGAUGGGACAAGGUGAGAUGGGACAAGGUGAGAUGGGACAAGGUGAGAUGGGACAAGGUGAGAUGGGACAAGGUGAGAUGGGACAAGGUGAGAUGGGACAAGGUGAGAUGGGACAAGGUGAGAUGGGACAAGGUGAGAUGGGACAAGGUGAGAUGGGACAAGGUGAGAUGGGACAAGGUGAGAUGGGACAAGGUGAGAUGGGACAAGGUGAGAUGGGACAAGGUGAGAUGGGACAAGGUGAGAUGGGACAAGGUGAGAUGGGACAAGGUGAGAUGGGACAAGGUGAGAUGGGACAAGGUGAGAUGGGACAAGGUGAGAUGGGACAAGGUGAGAUGGGACAAGGUGAGAUGGGACAAGGUGAGAUGGGACAAGGUGAGAUGGGACAAGGUGAGAUGGGACAAGGUGAGAUGGGACAAGGUGAGAUGGGACAAGGUGAGAUGGGACAAGGUGAGAUGGGACAAGGUGAGAUGGGACAAGGUGAGAUGGGACAAGGUGAGAUGGGACAAGGUGAGAUGGGACAAGGUGAGAUGGGACAAGGUGAGAUGGGACAAGGUGAGAUGGGACAAGGUGAGAUGGGACAAGGUGAGAUGGGACAAGGUGAGAUGGGACAAGGUGAGAUGGGACAAGGUGAGAUGGGACAAGGUGAGAUGGGACAAGGUGAGAUGGGACAAGGUGAGAUGGGACAAGGUGAGAUGGGACAAGGUGAGAUGGGACAAGGUGAGAUGGGACAAGGUGAGAUGGGACAAGGUGAGAUGGGACAAGGUGAGAUGGGACAAGGUGAGAUGGGACAAGGUGAGAUGGGACAAGGUGAGAUGGGACAAGGUGAGAUGGGACAAGGUGAGAUGGGACAAGGUGAGAUGGGACAAGGUGAGAUGGGACAAGGUGAGAUGGGACAAGGUGAGAUGGGACAAGGUGAGAUGGGACAAGGUGAGAUGGGACAAGGUGAGAUGGGACAAGGUGAGAUGGGACAAGGUGAGAUGGGACAAGGUGAGAUGGGACAAGGUGAGAUGGGACAAGGUGAGAUGGGACAAGGUGAGAUGGGACAAGGUGAGAUGGGACAAGGUGAGAUGGGACAAGGUGAGAUGGGACAAGGUGAGAUGGGACAAGGUGAGAUGGGACAAGGUGAGAUGGGACAAGGUGAGAUGGGACAAGGUGAGAUGGGACAAGGUGAGAUGGGACAAGGUGAGAUGGGACAAGGUGAGAUGGGACAAGGUGAGAUGGGACAAGGUGAGAUGGGACAAGGUGAGAUGGGACAAGGUGAGAUGGGACAAGGUGAGAUGGGACAAGGUGAGAUGGGACAAGGUGAGAUGGGACAAGGUGAGAUGGGACAAGGUGAGAUGGGACAAGGUGAGAUGGGACAAGGUGAGAUGGGACAAGGUGAGAUGGGACAAGGUGAGAUGGGACAAGGUGAGAUGGGACAAGGUGAGAUGGGACAAGGUGAGAUGGGACAAGGUGAGAUGGGACAAGGUGAGAUGGGACAAGGUGAGAUGGGACAAGGUGAGAUGGGACAAGGUGAGAUGGGACAAGGUGAGAUGGGACAAGGUGAGAUGGGACAAGGUGAGAUGGGACAAGGUGAGAUGGGACAAGGUGAGAUGGGACAAGGUGAGAUGGGACAAGGUGAGAUGGGACAAGGUGAGAUGGGACAAGGUGAGAUGGGACAAGGUGAGAUGGGACAAGGUGAGAUGGGACAAGGUGAGAUGGGACAAGGUGAGAUGGGACAAGGUGAGAUGGGACAAGGUGAGAUGGGACAAGGUGAGAUGGGACAAGGUGAGAUGGGACAAGGUGAGAUGGGACAAGGUGAGAUGGGACAAGGUGAGAUGGGACAAGGUGAGAUGGGACAAGGUGAGAUGGGACAAGGUGAGAUGGGACAAGGUGAGAUGGGACAAGGUGAGAUGGGACAAGGUGAGAUGGGACAAGGUGAGAUGGGACAAGGUGAGAUGGGACAAGGUGAGAUGGGACAAGGUGAGAUGGGACAAGGUGAGAUGGGACAAGGUGAGAUGGGACAAGGUGAGAUGGGACAAGGUGAGAUGGGACAAGGUGAGAUGGGACAAGGUGAGAUGGGACAAGGUGAGAUGGGACAAGGUGAGAUGGGACAAGGUGAGAUGGGACAAGGUGAGAUGGGACAAGGUGAGAUGGGACAAGGUGAGAUGGGACAAGGUGAGAUGGGACAAGGUGAGAUGGGACAAGGUGAGAUGGGACAAGGUGAGAUGGGACAAGGUGAGAUGGGACAAGGUGAGAUGGGACAAGGUGAGAUGGGACAAGGUGAGAUGGGACAAGGUGAGAUGGGACAAGGUGAGAUGGGACAAGGUGAGAUGGGACAAGGUGAGAUGGGACAAGGUGAGAUGGGACAAGGUGAGAUGGGACAAGGUGAGAUGGGACAAGGUGAGAUGGGACAAGGUGAGAUGGGACAAGGUGAGAUGGGACAAGGUGAGAUGGGACAAGGUGAGAUGGGACAAGGUGAGAUGGGACAAGGUGAGAUGGGACAAGGUGAGAUGGGACAAGGUGAGAUGGGACAAGGUGAGAUGGGACAAGGUGAGAUGGGACAAGGUGAGAUGGGACAAGGUGAGAUGGGACAAGGUGAGAUGGGACAAGGUGAGAUGGGACAAGGUGAGAUGGGACAAGGUGAGAUGGGACAAGGUGAGAUGGGACAAGGUGAGAUGGGACAAGGUGAGAUGGGACAAGGUGAGAUGGGACAAGGUGAGAUGGGACAAGGUGAGAUGGGACAAGGUGAGAUGGGACAAGGUGAGAUGGGACAAGGUGAGAUGGGACAAGGUGAGAUGGGACAAGGUGAGAUGGGACAAGGUGAGAUGGGACAAGGUGAGAUGGGACAAGGUGAGAUGGGACAAGGUGAGAUGGGACAAGGUGAGAUGGGACAAGGUGAGAUGGGACAAGGUGAGAUGGGACAAGGUGAGAUGGGACAAGGUGAGAUGGGACAAGGUGAGAUGGGACAAGGUGAGAUGGGACAAGGUGAGAUGGGACAAGGUGAGAUGGGACAAGGUGAGAUGGGACAAGGUGAGAUGGGACAAGGUGAGAUGGGACAAGGUGAGAUGGGACAAGGUGAGAUGGGACAAGGUGAGAUGGGACAAGGUGAGAUGGGACAAGGUGAGAUGGGACAAGGUGAGAUGGGACAAGGUGAGAUGGGACAAGGUGAGAUGGGACAAGGUGAGAUGGGACAAGGUGAGAUGGGACAAGGUGAGAUGGGACAAGGUGAGAUGGGACAAGGUGAGAUGGGACAAGGUGAGAUGGGACAAGUGCCCUCCAUGGACGCUGCUGUGCCUCGCGUGCGAUCACACCUCUCUGCACUGCAUGCCCCGCCACAUCCCCACAACUCCCCGCCCAUUGUGGGCAGUCCUGUGAGGGACUGCGGGGCAUCGGAGCACGGGAUUGGGAGUGCACACGACCGUGGUCUACAAGGCACGGGGCACAUUCACACCAGGGAGGCACACGCGCAUUGCACUGCGAGCCUGGUUCAAGGCAUGGCACAGGGAGGGGAACCGGAGGGUGUAGGUGAGGGUGCUUGUGAUGCCGGGGCAGUUCCAGCGGUGUUGCGGCCCGCAGCAGUGGUUAUUCAGACCCACUCGCAAUGUGCGCCGAGCGAUAGUGCAACCCGCCGGCCGCAGAAUUGCGAUGAGAGAGUACUCAUGGCGGAUCGCCGUUCGUCGUCGCGAUGUGCGCGCGCGUGCGCGGUGAUUGUUAUCGCCGCAUCGUUGCUACCGUCACUCUCCCUCGCCGCUGAAACCGCCGAAAUAACGCGCCGCGUCUCUAGCGAGUCACGUAAAUCGAAUUCGACAGUCCCCCCCGGGCGCUGCAUAUCGCAGGGUGGGCAGUGGCCGCCCUUCUGGCUGCACGGGAAGCUUCCACGAAAGAGCCCGAAGGGCGGCGCGCAGGAGCUGACGCUGUGCCGCGUGUACAAGGAUAGCACGUGCUGCGGACGCGAUAACAGCGACCACGCUCUCAUCUCCACCCGGCGGCUGGUGGUGGGGGGGGAGCCCACGGACGACUGCGUUGCCAAGUGGGAGGCGCUGCAGUGUGCCACGUGUCACCCCCUCAUUGGCACACAGCACGGGCCACCCGCCAUCUGCAACUCGUUCUGCGAUGCCGUCUUUUCUGCCUGCGGGGCGGCAUUCUUCGCAGCGGACGGCACUUCACAGCACAUUUUCCCCUGUGGCCGCCGCGACACGCUCUGUGCACGGGCCGACUCCCUUGCCUCCUCCGGCCGCCAGUUCUGCCAGCUGGCGGGCUUUGAUUGGCUGCCCGACUCGCACGGGGCGGGGGUGGAUAGGAGAAGGGGGCGAGGGGAGGAGAUGGGGGGGAGAGAAGGCGAGGAGGGGGAGGAGAGGGUGUGCUUUGACAGCACACUCCCUUCUGCUGCUGCUGUUGUGAGGGGGGGGCACAAGAGGGCAGGGGGGAAAGGGGAGAAGGGGAGCGGCGAGGAGGAGGAGAGGGACGAGGAGGGCAGUGGGUGGUGGGAGCAGUGGGCGGGCGGCGAGGGGGGGAGGCCGUUUGGAGGCAACGUGGUGUGGAUGGUGUGUGGGCUCGUGCUCACUGCUGGCCUCACCUACAUGCGGUCAGUCCGCCUCCCACACCCCCCCCCCUCCCUCCCCCCGUCCUCCUUCCUCCCUCCUCCCCCCUUCCCCCUUCACAUGUUCCCUCGCAUGCUCUUGCUUGUCUUUGCACCGGCAUGCCUCAAGUCCCCUUCAUCGCUCCCUGCACUCAUGACGCCUUCACCACCCUCCCACCAUCACCUUCCCUCACAUCCCUCCCCCCUUGCCUCCUCGCCGCCCCUCCUCGCCCCCCCUCCUCCCUCCCGUCCUCACCCCUCCUCGUCUCCCCCGUGCCUGGCAGGUGGGUGGCGGCACGCAGCCGGCGCAGGAGGUUUCCCGUGGGGCUCAUCAAGCGGGCAGGGGGCGUGGGGCGGCAGCAGCACGUGGAGGGGGUGA